GAUUCAGAGAAAGCUUGGAGGUGAAGAGAAACCAGCGAGAAUUGACGAGAGUUUUGGAAUUAAGAAGCCGAAAUCCUGAAUCAGCGUUUGUAAUAGGUCGUUUCAGCUGAAAUUCUCCUUCUCAUAUCUGUUUACAGGGCUUAUUUUAAGAUGUAUCUUAGUGAACUCUGCUCGCGUUGAUUCUUCACCACUAAGUUGUUUGCCAGAAAACUCUAAUGGGAACUCCUGACGAUUUUUUAUAUGUCUUUGUUACUGAACCUGCCGAAUUACCCAAUGGAAUUCAAGGUUAUAGGGUAAUCACCCAGACCAAUAUGACCGAUGUCGAUAAGUAUAAAAGGCAUGAGAAUGUUGUUAUCAAGCGUUAUAGUGAAUUUGUGAGGUUGCGGGAUAAGCUUAGUGAAGAAUUCCCGCAAAUUACUAUUCCUCAGGCCCCCGAUGUAGUAGGAUCUAGUGCUAAGUCCAUUGAGAUGCAAUGCCGUGCUCUAGAUUUUUUUCUAAAAUCCUUGGUUUCAACAAGUUCUUCUCUCUACAAUAGUGUAAGUUUACAGAAAUUCUUGGUGGCGGAGACAGUGGCUGCGGCAGAUGAAGAGCAGUAUGGGAAGUGUGUUCCUCGAAUGGCAGCACGCUUAUCUACAGAUUCAGAAGAAAUCUUGAUUUUUGUCGACAAAAUGAAAGCACAAAAGAUGGCUGGCAACAUGGUUUUGCUUGAUGGUGGAAAUUCGCUGUUGCAUGAUGCAACUCUAAAACGAUGUGAUCAGUCAGGUGGGUCAACUUGCAGAGUAAGCGGAGUGCCCUCUAGUGAUGGUACAGACAAGGUGUCUUAUUUCUGCUCAAUAUCUGGAUUGGAAGAGCGGCUGCGGGAUAAAAUCAAGGAGGGUUUAAGGAGGGCUACAGGUCUCCAUGUAGAGCUGAGCAGAAAGGUCUAUGAAGGAAAGGUCACUAAGCUCCAGCGAAAUUAUAUCGAUGAUAGCAACAACACUAUUAGGAGUAUCAGCAUUGAUCUGGCAACUACCGAAGAAACAAGGGAGUUACUUUUGGGCGAACUUUAUUUCGAUGCUCUGGAAAAGGUUGAAGUUGAAGACUCCAUAGUCAUUGAUAUUCAGAGCGGAGCAGUUAAAAAUAAAGGCCCCGUCACUAAUACUUCUUCAAGAACCAACUCACCGGACGAACCAGACCUUGAGGCACCCAUCGCACGAGGCAAUAAUCCACAACCUGGAGGAGAGGUUCUUAAAAUGAUAAAGACAGCCCAGAAUGUUUCACUUCAUGAUCUUGAUGAAGCAAUUACUUCACAGAGGAAAGAUGAAGGUAUCUAUUCUUUUCUGAUCAGUCAGAAAGUAUCAGCAGCCAAUAUCGAUGAGGUUGUGAAUAAUCUUGUUCACGAAGGAUUGGCAAAGCGUAAGUAUGGAAUAUUACAGAUUUCUGAGGCACAAAUGCUGGAUUUUGACUGUUUUUCCCUCAUAAAUAACGCUUUGGAGAGCUCGUUUCUGUCAGUGUUUUUAAGUGCUGCUCGAGGAAUGUGUGGAUUUAGGGGAUCAGAAAUAUUUAUCCCUAUUAAAAUACCUGGUGUAAUUUUUCCUCGUAUGAUUAUAAUUCGAGCACCAAAUAACGAGGAUGCCUUUGGAAUGGCAACUCUUUUUUGGUAUAGCAAUGAGAGACAAAAACUAGUCACUCCCGUUGUUGAUAGCUUAAAGCGGAAAGAUAUGAUUAAUUGUGUUGUUCUACUCGCUGGACCUCUUCAAACUGGAAAAUCUGAGUUGGCAUAUCAAAUAUCCAAGAAACUUGGAAGUGAGGAUCUCUUUUUCCCAAUGAUUGAAUCAGAUGAAUACCCAGUGGCUGAGCUAAAAAAGAUCUUGAAGGAUACUAUUCGCCGAGCUGUCAGUCUAAAGAUGAGACAAAAAAAGAAGGUGUACGAAGGAGAGGUCGUUGAAAUCUCAUCAAAAGCAACUGGGAGUAGCAGUGGUAUCAAUUGGCAAACUACUUGUGAAAUUGUGAUUGGCUUAAAAACAGAUGCAAAGGAACAGCAUUUCGAGCUCGAUGAACAACUUUCAAAAGCUAUUACAAAAGAACAGGUAGCCAUUGGAGAUGUUAUUUGCAUUGAUUUCUAUAACAAAGUGGUGACAAGGAUUGGUAGAAGUCCCACUUUUUCAGAAGAAAAAGAUCAUGCGAAAAAUGUAUACGUGGCCCUUCCAAAAGGGGAGAUUCUUAAGGAGGAGAAGAUCCAGGAUAUAACUAUUUACGAUCUCUAUAAGACUGGAAGACGAGGACAUAGUAUAUGUAAGCUAGUGAGAAAGGAAAUGAAUCCAAAAGAACCCAGAAGCGAUGCUGCUAUAAACAAGGCUAUUGAAAGUUUAGUAAAACAAAAAGUGGUACAACCACAACGAGGGGUUUUAUUCAUCGAUCAGGUGGACACUUUGAUAUUCAAGAUUUAGCGGUGGAUGUUCUUCGAGCAUCCAGUCAUAUACACGAACGAUGCCACCAUGAGCAACAGCACAACCUCCGUCAGGACUUGCUCUAAUCGCAGUACAAUUACCAGGAGCUUGACCACUGACCGUACUCGCUAAUCUUAACCUGCUGCUAUCAAAAUCACCCCACUUUGCAGUUCUAACAUGAUCAAGAAGGCCAUAAUAAUUAGCCUCCAUAUAGAGUAAUUUUUCAGGUAUGUUAGAAGGCACAUGAAGCUUACCCGUCCCUAAAAGAUUGAGAAGAACAGAAAAACAAUCUGGGUCACGAUCAAUGAAGUAUUCUUUUUCUUCUGGUUUAACUAAUUCAUCUCCUCUUGGUUGAAGCUUCCAUUCAUCGUCAAACAUAGCUCCAAACAUUGAAUCUCGGCGUGCAGUUGCUAGAGUUGUUGCAGUCGUUUCAAUGAUUCUACCUCUAACAUUAAAUCUCACCUUCUGGGCCGUCAUGUUCAAUUCCAGUUGUGUGGAAUAUAUCAAUGUGCCCCGACACCCUUAUAUAUAUAUAUACAUAUAGAGAGUUCUUUU